CACGGUGGUGCCGGUGCUGACCCUUUCUGUGCCCGCAGGGAACCUGGCCGGGGAGCCGGGUGCAGCGGAGCGGGCAGUGGAGGACGCCUUCCUGCGCCGCUUCCUCUACGGCACCUUCCCCGGCAUCCUGGCGGACGAGGUGGUGCUGAAGCGCCGCGCCAACCUGCUGGUGAUCUGCGCUGUGCUGGCGCGGGGCCUGGCGCCCGCCAAGCUCUACUUCCUGGUGGGCUACACCGAGACCCUUCUCAGCCACUUCUACAAGUGCCCGGUGCGCCUGGAGCUGCAGACGGUGCCCACCAAGGUGGUCUACAAGUACCUCUAG